AUGGCCUUAAAUCAGUAUUUUGCUGAGGGUGUGAACCAAAUUGAUUCCUUGGAAGGUAAAUCAUCUCAGGAAAUGUGGAAAUGUUCUGGUGCUGACGCAAUUUCAGGUUCUAGCGGCUUUGACUGCAACAUUUGUCUGGAGUGUGUGCAAGAUCCUGUGGUCACUCUUUGUGGCCAUCUCUACUGCUGGCCCUGCAUUUACAAAUGGCUUAAUUUCCAUGGCCAAGCUCAAGAGAAGCAGAAGGAAAAGCCGCAGUGUCCAGUAUGCAAAUCAGAAAUUUCCAAAUCAUCACUUGUUCCGCUCUACGGUCGCGGACAAACCUCACCGCCUUCCAAAGACAAUGCUCAGCAAGUAAGGAGUGUCAUACCACCGAGACCACCCAGUCCUUCAUGGAUGACUAACUUACCAAGAUCACUUGAUGCUGGAACUGUUUCACAACACACUUCUCAAGUUUAUCAUCCUCAUUAUCAUAAUCAUGCUCAACGGAACACUUCACCAAUGCUUAACACAGGUGGUUCACUGACCAAUCCAUUGGAUACAAGCUAUGGUGUCUUUGGUGAGAUGAUAUAUGCAAGGAUCUUUGGAAACCAAGUGACAGACGUUUAUACAUACCCGAAUUCAUACAAUCUAUCGGGGAUCAGUAAUCCUAGGAUCAGAAGACAUUUGAGGCGAGCUGAUAAGUCACUCAGUAGAAUCUGUUUCUUCCUCCUCUGUUGCACAGUUUUGUUUCUUCUCUUAUUUUGA